GCGCGCUGGGCGUGCGAAAGAUCAACAGCUCCGGGGAUAGUGGGCUACGCGUGGGAUGGGAUGAGGGUCCCCGACGGUUUCACGCGGGACCUGUGGACGCGGCUGAGGUAGCGGGGGUCGCACCGGGGACCUGCAGACAGCGCCCGGAGGUCGGGCGGGGGUGAGGGGCGCACACGGGACCUGCGCACUGCGUCUCGGGGGCGCACUGAGCACCUGUUGGGAGUUGGGGGCCCGCUGGGGACCUGCAGACUCCGCCCGGGGAGGACGGGGUGGGGGACGCGCUCACGGCGGCGUGGUGUUUGCAGGUUUGUAUGCGCAAGGGGGAGGGCGAAGCGUGGCAGGAGGGCGAGGCGAGGGAAGGAGGGCGUGAGAAAGGAGGCGGCGGCGGCGCGGAGGAGGGUUAUCUAUACAUUUAAAACCAAACCGCCUGCGCCGCGCUGGGGAGACCUGGGGAGCGUCCGGCCGCACGCGCGGGACACGAGCGCCCCACGCUCUCAGGCGCGCACGGCCUGCCACCUCUUGGCCCCCUGCGCCCCGCUCUCCUUGGGCCCCAGACGACCCGGGACGCGUACCUUGGCGAAUCGCUCCGCGGCACAACGCCCGGGGCCCUCUCGGGGUUGUAUCGGCCUCCCACCGACUCCCGUUCCUCUGUCCGCCCCACCUGCUGCGCGCGGGGACUCGGAGGAAUCGCGCGGCGAGUGGAUGCGGGCGCGAUGGACAGCGGCGCACUGCUCCGGCCCGCGCCCCCCGUGCCUGGUGUCUCCGGCGGCUGCGUCGCUCGGCGGCGACCCACAUCCCCAGCACUGCUGCGCUGCAGCCGGCGGCGACGGCCCGGCGCAUCGGAGACCGGGGGCGGCGCGGCGGCCGUGGCGCGGCGCAAUGAGCGCGAGCGCAACCGCGUGAAGCUGGUGAACUUGGGGUUCCAGGCGCUGCGGCAGCACGUGCCGCACGGCGGCGCCAGCAAGAAGCUGAGUAAGGUGGAGACACUGCGCUCAGCCGUGGAGUACAUCCGCGCGUUGCAACGCCUGCUGGCGGAGCACGAUGCCGUGCGCGCCGCGCUGGCCGAGGGGCUGCUGGCACCAACAGCCGCGCGGCCCCCCGCAUCCAGCGGGCCUCCCGGGACCCCCGCCGCCGCCGCCGCCGCCUCGCCUUCCUGCGCCUCGUCGUCCCCGGGCCGCGGGGGCAGCUCGGAGCCCGGUUCGCCACGCUCCGCCUACUCCUUGGACGACAGCGGCUGCGAGGGCGCGCUUAGCCCCGUGGAGCGCGAGCUGCUCGACUUCUCCAGCUGGUUAGGGGGCUACUGAGCGCCAUGUCCCCGAGGUAACCUCCGGCGGCGGGGAAGACGGGGGGUCGCAGCAGGGGCAGCCGGGCGGGGUGGAGGGGACAGCCCCGCCGCACGCACCCCCGAGAGCAGCCGAGCCCAGCGCCAGGCCCGGGUGAGGGCUUCGAUUUCGCUCACUCUUCAUUUUCCCCAAACUUUGUCAAGCCUGUGCAAGACAGGCGUUUGUUUGUCCGGGAUUGCAAAACUUCCUCCCGCUGCCGCGCCGAAGGGGGAGCAGGGAGGGGGGCCCUCGGGCGGGUGAGGC